GAAGUAAUUUGACCAACCACUGCAACAAUGCCCAAGUCCUGUUAUCCUCCAGGGUCCAACCUCAAGGCCCCAGAUGGGACGAGGAAGACAAGGACAAUCAUUGCUGAAGAUCCUCACUGGACUCUGGCUCUCGUGCCUCGUCUGUCGAACCUCUGCCUGCAAAGUAUCGCGAGCAACUUUGAGGGUAAGCUUUUGUUUUCAGGUGUGCGUUUAUAUACGCAGUCAUUUACUAUGUAGCUGGAAAAUCAUUGCAAAUCUUUCACCUGUUCCAGAAAACCCCAUAUUUGAACCACUCACGCCCAGUCAGAGACACUUCAUCCAGGAGAGGCUCUCUCCCUCUCUGCCUCUGCACGUCACGGCCAACUUGAUCAGCGACGGCGUUUACUGGAAGCGGUGCUGUGAGCGGCGCUGGGAUCUUUGUGAUGUCUCACUCUAUGGCCACAGCUGGAAACGAAUGUUCUUCGAGCGAUGCAUGGAGAACAUGAUUGAGCUUUUUAUUCCAGAUGUAACGGAGACCAAGACCAUUCUAGACAUGGUCCCACACUGUAGGAACUAUGUCAAGAGGCUGGACAUCUGCCAGCUGCUGACGCCUGUCAAGGAGCCCCAGAGGGAGGAAGAGGAGGAGUUGGCGAGUGAACAUGAGUAUGAAGGACCUUCGGUGGACCACUUUGACUUUGGCAUCCUGCUGGACAAGCUGACCAGCCUGGAAGAGCUACAUUUGGUGUACAGGGUCAAACAGUGUGGUAUGAACUUUGAAUGGAAGAUGUUUGAGAUGACUGACAGAGACUGUGAGUCCCUCGCCAAGGCCCUUAUGUCCUGCAAAACCUUGAAGCUUCUGAGGCUCCACCAAAGCCACAUCGAGGACAACAAGUGCCGCCUUUUGGUGAAACACCUGCUGGACCAUCCGUCCCUGAAGGUGCUGGACUUUUCUCACAACCUGAUUGGGGACAGAGGAGCCAGAGGUAUCGGCAAACUGCUCAGCAGAGGUAAUCUGGAGGUCCUGAACUUGUGUGACAACGUAAUUAGAGACCACGGUGCCAAAGCUAUAGCUCAUGCUCUGUCCAAGAACUCGACCCUUUUGUCCCUCAACCUGCGUCUCAACCGUGUGAGAGAUGAGGGAGGUCAGGCCAUAGGUGAGGCUCUGCUGAAAAACAACACCCUCUGUCACCUGCACCUCGGAGGAAAUGAGGUGACUGCGCCCACAGCCGUCGCUCUGUCUGAAGCACUGGCUCAGAAGAACAUACUGAAGAGCAUCAAUCUCUCCUGCAACAACCUGGGUGAGGCUGGAGGUAAAGCUCUGCAGGGGGCGAUGUCUCUCAACACCAGUGUGACAGAGUGCGAUCUCCGCCUGACUGAAAUCGACGAGCAGAUUGUUGCUUUCAUCAACCAGGUGGUUUGGACGAAUGAGAGUUUAGAACAAGAGAGAAGAGCUCGGGAAAAGACAGACAAAUUCCUGCACUUAGCAAUCAUCCAUGAAGACGAUCUCAUCACUCAGCACUUGAUAGACCUUUUCCCAAAAGAAGUCUUGGACAUCCAGAACAACUUGUACCAGAGUCCCUUGCACCUGGCCACCUACCUGAACCUGAUAGAUGUGGUGAAGAGUCUGGUCUGGAAGGGAGCCAGUCUGGAGCUGCAGGACCGGGAUGGGAACACGGCGCUCCAUGUGGCCUGUCAGCAUGGACAAAAUGAGUGUGCCAACGAGAUGACCUGGAAUGUUUCCCCCAGCAAGCUGGCACCAGUCCUGGAAAUCCAGAACUGGAGAGGUCUUGCCUGUCUUCACUUGGCUGCUCUGAACAGACAACAUCUGAUUAUGACGCUCCUGAUGAAAAAGGGAGCUGACCUGAAUAUACAGGAGGGAACUAGCGGGAAAACGGCUCUCCACCUCGCCGUCGAGCUGCACGACAUUGCGUCCGUAAAGCUGCUGCUCAGCAGGGGGGCCAACGUGGACGCGGCCAUGUUCAACGGCUGCACGCCCCUGCAUCUGGCAGUGGGGAGACAGGACGCCGCCAUCGCUAACCUCCUCUGCCAGGCCGGUGCCGACACGAUGCUGCGAAACAUGGAGGACGAGACGGCACUGGAUCUAGCUGACGGCAAUGAUGACAUUCUGGCUCUGUUUCCUUUCGAUGACAUCCAGAUCUCUGGGAGGUCAGUGGUUGGUGUGAAGUUCUGAGCUGAGCAACAAUCUUUGAAAUGAUCUAGAGCUUUACUGUGGCUGGAAUUGAAUUUUUUUUUUUUUUUUUUUCUCGCUGAGGUUGUUAUUAAAUAGUGGCUCUAUUCUUAGUACCCUCUGAUUUGAUCCUUAUUUAUCUAUUGUGUAGACAAAUUCGCACAUCAUUUAAAUCUCCAAAUCCCUCUGGCAAAGUGUGAUUCUGCUUAAUUGAUCACUGAUUUUUAAAUCAGUCACUGGCUCGAUUGUUUUGCUUUUUUUUGCUUGCCUCUGUGGGAGUGGGGUUGUACACCUCACCUUGAGUGCCAAACUUUCUAUCAUUCAGCAUCAAUAAAACAAAAAAAUUCUACCUCUUCGUCUAAUGAAUCUAGCUUAAUUGCUAGAAAAGGAACAUGCAAAUCACUUUGUUUCAAAGUUUCUAAAACUUAAUCUCUGCUAUAUAACUUCCUUUGUAUUUCAGCGGAAGUGUGUUUUUCCUGUUUUUAAGUUUUAAAAAAAUAAAUAAAAUGCGUUCUUUCAUGCAGUCGAGCCCUGUAAUCCAAAGAAGACUUAACCAAUAACAACCCUGCUUUUUGAUAGGAAACUGAUAACCUAUAUAGAAAUGUAAUAUAAUACACAAAAUGCAGCUUCAUCUUUUUUGGAUUAUUUUGAUUAUUAUUUUUUUUUUAGGUUUGCUGCUGCUUGUUUUGAAACAGGUUUUAUCUGUUUAUCUCACUGUAGCCUUUACCUGCAAAAAUCUGUUCUUUGGUGUAUACAGUAAUUACAUUGGCCUGUCUAGUUACCAUAAGCAGUUCCUUUAUUUUUUAAUAAAAUGGAAAAAAAAACCUCAA